AUGUUUGGGAACGAUGGCGACUCUGUUGAAACCCUGGUUAACAACUGGAAUGAGAACCUUAUCGGGGUAAUAGACAGUAUCGCUCCUGAGUGUCCUUGCCAGCCCGCUCCUAAUCGAAGACCCUGGUAUACUAAAGAUCUACGCCAGAUGAAGCAGGCUGCACAACGACUAGAGCGCUACUGGCAGAAACAUCAGCGCAUAUCUGACAAGAAAUACAAAGAUGUGGAACCAACUCUGAAGAUUAAAGAAGUAGAUGGCUUGGAGCUGGUGAAGACAUUCUCUGAAGAAAUGGAAAACAUGUUGGGGAGAAAAGUAGAAGCUGUUAAACGGUUGGUUGAAGCAGCAGAAGGUGCAGAUCUUUACCAUGAAUUCAACUCAUCACUGGAGUUUGAUUAUUACAAUGCUGUUCGCAUUAACGAAAGGGAUGAGAAUGGUAAUUACGUGGAGCUUGGUGAUGAAUUCAUUCUGGAACCAAACGAACACUUCAAUAACCUGCUGGUGAACACAACAUACAGUGAUAUUCAGCUUCCAACAAAUGUUUACAACAAAGAUCCUGCUAUUUUGAAUGGAGUAUAUAUGUCUGAAGCACUGAAUCCUAUUUUUGUGGACAAUUUUGAAAGAGAUCCAACUCUCACAUGGCAAUACUUUGGCAGCUCUACAGGUUUCUUCAGGCUUUACCCAGGGAUAAAAUGGACACCAGAUGAAAAUGGAGUCCUUUCAUUUGACUGCAGAAAUCGAGGCUGGUACAUCCAGGCAGCCACAUCACCCAAAGAUAUUGUAAUUGUGGUGGAUAUCAGUGGGAGCAUGAAGGGCCUGCUACUCACCAUUGCCAAGCACACUAUUAUAACCAUUUUGGACACACUAGGAGAAAAUGAUUUUGUGAACAUCAUUGCUUACAAUGAUUAUGUCCAUUACGUUGAAUCCUGCUUUAAAGGGAUCCUGGUUCAGGCUGAUAGAGAUAACAGAGAGCAUUUCAAGCAGCUAGUGGAUGAGUUACAAGCAAAAGGAGUUGGGACAGUGAACAAAGCCCUAACAGAAGCCUUCAGAAUCUUGAGGGAGUUCAGAAGUGCUGGUCAAGGAGGCCUUUGUAACCAAGCCAUCAUGCUGAUCACUGAUGGAGCUAUGGAAGAUUAUGAAUAUGUCUUUGAAAAAUUCAACUGGCCUGAUCGAAAGCUCUUUGCAACUCAAGCGCAAAGCCUCUUGCUCAUGACAACUGUGGCUAUGCCAGUCUUCAGCAAGAAGAAUGAAACGAGAUCUCAUGGCAUUCUCCUGGGGGUGGUAGGCUCAGACGUUCCUCUGAGAGAACUCCUAAAGCUUGCUCCCCGAUACAAGCUGGGCGUCCAUGGAUAUGCCUUUCUAAACACUAACAAUGGCUACAUUCUGUCUCAUCCAGACCUCCGGCCACUGUAUAAAGAAGGGAAGAAGUUGAAGCCCAAACCAAACUAUAACAGUGUGGACCUUUCUGAGGUAGAAUGGGAAGAUGUGGAUGAAACACUACGGACAAAAAUGAUAAACGGAGAAACAGGUUACCUCUCAAUGGAUGUGAAGGUGCCGGUAGAUAAAGGAAAACGGGUUCUCUUCCUCACUAAUGACUAUUUCUUUACGGAUAUCACUGGCACACCCUUUAGUCUGGGAGUUGUUCUAUCACGAGGGCAUGGUGAAUACAUCCUGCUUGGGAACACUUCAGUGGAGGAAGGUUUACAUGAUCUGUUGCAGCCAGACUUGACCUUGGCCAAUGAGUGGAUUUAUUGCAUUACAGAUAUUGAUCCAGAUCACAGAAAGCUGAGCCAAUUGGAAGCUGUGAUCCGUUUCCUUACAGGAGAAGAAGCUGAUCUAGAAUGUGAUGAGGAGUUAGUUCAAGAGGUGCUCUUUGAUGCUGUAGUAACAGCACCUAUGGAGGCCUACUGGACAACCUUAGCUCUCAACAUGUCUGAUGAGACAGAAGGGGGAGUGGAAAUUGCUUUUAUGGGAACUCGGGCUGGUCUCAUGAGGAGUACCCUCUACGUUGGCUCUGAGAAGCUCUCUAAUAGUAAGUUCUUGACCCGUGGUGAUAAGGAGAGCAUUUUCACCAUGGACCACUUCCCCCUUUGGUACCGCCGAGCAGCUGAACAUCCCUCAGGAAGCUUUGUUUACAGCAUUUCUUUUGAAGAAGCUGCAGAAGGAGGUCAGCCUGAGGGGAUAACAGUGAGCACCUCCGUGACUGUGACUGUGGAUGGGAAGACAGCAAUCGCUGCAGAAAGAAAAAGGAUUGGAUGCGCCAUCUGUCCAUCCCUCUUGCCACCCUCCCCAGGAACUGUGCCUACCUCUGUUUUCCUGGGUCUUUCUAUUAGAGAGAUACAUUUUCCCUGGUUGUUGUAUUGACCUACCAAUGCAGGAGAGCACAUUUCUUGUCUAUGACACCUUUAUUGGUAGAAUUGUCCUUCAUUGUGGCUUCUGGCCAACUACCAAGAGUCAUUUUUGUUGUAUCUACUUAGCUAUUUGUUAUCUGCACCUGAAAGCCUGGAGCAAACAAAGAGCAUUUUCACAA